AUGAGUAUUGGACCACAACAACGGGGUGCCAAAGUCCUCCUCGACCGCCUUCUAGCACCCGCCCACUUGCCGCUCAACAUCUUCACUUACCAAAUCGCCACCACAUACUUCUCCAAAUUGCCUACGAAGAUCGAAUGGCGUAACUGCUUACGCGGGUAUCAUGUUUACUCCAAACACUGGUACCACGGGACACUGUACAACGUAGAACUUAGUUGGUCCGAAGAAGCGGUCGCGCUGAUCAACGCACCCUGCCUCUCUGCCCUCUUCUUGGCCUCGAUUCAGCACCAACAAGCGCAACUAUCAGCAUCAAGCAUCUCCUCUCAACUUCGAAGAAAGCUUGCACACAUCACUCUCAUCCCAGAAAAUCCGUUUUCCGUCACCCCGCGCCAAAGCUCGCCCAAUAUGAUGUUCAUCCGCCUCGCUGCCGUAGCUGUGGCUGCUUUUCUCACGGCUCCGGCCCUGGCUUGCAAGUGCUUCGUGGACGGCGGACAGGACGACGCCCGAACCCAGUCAUGCUGCGGUGAACUCAACGGGAUCACCGCGGGCGAUGACUGCCGGGCCAAUUCGAUCUCGGAGCACCUCUCCGAUUUCCGCUCCUGCUGCGGCGGCCAGUCCGACUGCGACUUCUAG